UUACUUUUUGUUCUGGUGCUUUUAGUGGUUGUUAUGGUGAAAAUAAGGCCGAAGAAAUUAGUAGAUUUACACGAACUGUUAAAAGUGAACUUUUUCUACAUACCGGUAGUUGGGCACGCUUACAAGUUUAUUGGCACUCAUGAAGACCGCAUGCAGCUGUUCGACGAGCUGGGUCGGCAGGCGCACGCCAGCAAGCACGGCAUGGUCAGCUUCUGGUUUGCGCACUGCUUGUGUGUCUCUGUAUCAGAGCCGCUGGCAGCGAGUGCUGUGCUGAGGACGUGUUUCGACAAGUGGCCCAUCACAUUCUUCAUGCGUCACCUUCUUGGAAAUGGAUCGGUCUUUGGAGAAGAGAAAAUAUGGCGACUUCGGCGAAAAAUUCUUAAUCCAAUAUUCAGUUCUAAAUAUUACGAUAACUAUGUGAAAGUGUUCGAACGGAACAACAACAUCAUGAUGGAGCAGCUCGCAGAUGUUGCGGGGAAAGGAGAAGUUUCUAUGUGGAAAUAUUUUAGCUCCUAUUCUAUGGAUUCUGCUUUUGAUAUGGGUUUUGGAGAAAACCUGAACGCCCAGAGGCACCCAAGCCACCCAUUCGCGGUGGCGUUUCAACAAUAUUUUGAAGAGUGUGCAGUGCGGAUCUGCCAGCCCUGGCUGUUCAGCAGCGCGGUGUACGAGCUGCUGCCCGCGGGCGCCAGGCAGGAGCGGCGCAGACGAGUCAUGUGGGAUUUCAUUGAGAGCUUAAUCAUUAAAAAGAAGAUGGAGUCCAAAGAACAGCUUAGAAAGAAUAUGGAACAUGAAAAUACAAAUGUAGCAAGUACCAAUGGUGAUCAAUACAAAUCAUUUUUGGAUCUGUUGAUGGAGUUUUCUGGUGGUGAAGACGGCUACACCAACACCGAGCUGCGCGAAGAGCUGCUCAUGAGCAUCCUCGGCGCCACCGACACCACCGCCACCGCGGCCUGCUUCACCACUGUCCUGCUGGCCAACCACCCCGGAGUACAAGACAGAGUUUACAAAGAAGUUCAGGAUAUUUUGGGAAGUGCUGAAAGAUCAAUUACAAUAGAAGAUGUGCCGAGACUCAAGUAUCUGGAUGCUGUAGUGAAGGAGUCUCUGCGCCUGUACCCGCCGGUGCCGGUGGUGCUGAGAAGAUGCACAAAACAUGUACAAUUACCUUCAGGGAUAAUCCUGCCCGAGGGCUGUGAGGUGCUGCUGAACUUCUGGGGCGUGCACCGCAACCCUGGCUGCUGGGGCGCGGACGCGGACGAGUUCAAGCCGGAGCGCUUCCUCAGCGCCACGCCCGACCAGCUCGCGGCCUUCAUGCCGUUCGGCCACGGACCACGAAGCUGCACCGGUAUGAGACUGUCCUUGGCCUCGCUGAAGCUGUCCCUGGCGGAGCUGACGCGCCGCUGCCGCGUGGCGCCCGCGCCGGCCACCACCGACCGCUGCAGCCGGCACGCGCCGCUGCGGGUCACCUUCGAGCUCAUGUUGAAACAUGUACACGGCUUUAAAGUGCGGCUGGAGAGUAGAUUAUAAAUUCUUGUGGCGUAUCAUCAUGCUAAUUAACCUAUCGCCGGUCCACUACUGAGCACAGGUCUUUUCUUGGAGUGAGUUGGGUUCAGGUCUCGCUGGAUUAGCGGAGUUCACACGCCUUUGACAUUAUGGCGGAGAAUUCUUAGACAUGCAGGUUUCCUACAUUUUCCUUUGCCGUUUAAACAAGUGAUGUUACUUGAUUGCUUAAACCGCACAUAACUUCAAAAAAUUGCAGAUUUCUCCUGAAUACCAGUAGACGUCUUUACCACGAAGUCACAUUUUGCCGGUUCUGCAAUUUUCGAUAUGUAUUUUAAAUGAAAUUAUUUAAAGUAAUUAAAGUAAGUAUUCGCAAUAAAGAUAAUUGAAUUUAAUU